UAUCUUGUACAAAAAUUGACGGAAGUCACGAGCCGGUGAGUCCAGUCCAGACCUGAGCCUUGUGAGCAUGCUGCUGCGUCCGACUCUUUGGCUGCUGCUGGCGACGCUGCUCGGCGUUUAUGGCGGAAAUGUUUUUCGUCAUAUCCAGCGCCGGGUCUUUUUGUCCAAGGAGCAGGAAGCCCGUUCCCACUUAGCAAGGGGAAUGCAAUUGCAUCUUGCCCCCCAGUUGAGCAUGCCCAAAGAAAUGAUGCUGACUCAACUCCUGGACCACUUCAACAGGCAGGAAAAGCGGACAUUCAAGCAGAGAUAUUAUGUGAAUGAUGCCUACUGGCAGAAGCCCCAUGGACCUGUGUUUUUGUACAUUGGUGGCGAAGCAUCCCUCUCUCCAUACUCUGUUCAGUAUGGACACCAUGUUGAGAUGGCACAGCAGUAUAAGGCAUUACUAGUUGCUUUGGAGCACCGGUAUUAUGGAGUUAGCCUUAAUGAAGAUGGACUGACUGAUGAGAACAUUCACUUCCUGUCCAGUCAGCAGGCGUUGGCAGAUCUUGCUUCCUUUCAUCUCUUCAUCACUCAGCAGUACAAUAUGAGCAACAGCAACAAGUGGAUCUGCUUUGGGGGCUCCUAUCCUGGUUCUCUGUCAGCCUGGUUCCGACUUAAGUUUCCACACCUAGUUUAUGCUGCUGUAUCAUCAUCAGCACCAGUCAGAGCCCAAUUGGAUUUCACUGGUUACAAUCAGGUAGUGGCUGCCAGCCUGUCCAAUCCAGUAGUUGGCGGCUCUAAGGAGUGUCUCCAGGCUGUUCGAAAAGCAUUCCAAGUUGUGGAUAAGAUGCUUGAGGCUGGAAAUCUUUCUGUGCUGGAGAAGGACUUUUUUUCCUGUGGAAAUCUUAGUCUGCCAGAGGACCAGUCUCAAUUAGUCUCCAAUCUGGCAGACAUUUUUAUGGGAGCAGUGCAGUAUGACCAGGAGAUUACUGGAAGCAACAUUGCAGAUGUCUGCAAUAUAAUGACCAGUGGACCCAGCUACAUACAGCUUAUUCGAAUCCUUCAGAGGUACCUGGAGAGGGAAGGAAUUAAAUGUCUGGACAAUUCAUACCAGAUGGAGCUGCUUGUCAUGCGUAACACUAGUUUAUCUCCAAGUGGUGCUGGAGAACGACAAUGGUACUAUCAGACCUGCACAGAAUUUGGCUACUACCAGACUUGUGAGGACUCCCGAUGCCCCUUCUCUCCUCUUAUGACACUGCAGUCACAGGUACAGCUCUGCCAGGAAGUCUUUGGUGUCCCAUUGUCCAGUGUGGAUGAAUCAGUGCAUUUUACCAAUGAAUAUUAUGGAGCUGACCACCCGAAAUCCAGCAGGAUCCUCUUUGUCAAUGGGGAUAUUGACCCAUGGCAUGCACUGAGUGUUCUUAGCAACCAAAGCAGAUCUGAGUUGGCCAUUCUUAUUAAUGGGACCUCUCACUGUGCCAAUAUGAACUCUGCAAGGCCAACAGACACCUUUCCCCUUAAGAUGGCACGAUUGGAAAUUGCAAAUCAGGUUGGCCGCUGGCUCAGAGCAGCUCAGGAGGAGCUGUCUAAAAGUGACUAAAAAAACACAGCCUCUGAGGACUUUAAUACUACGGUGGUUUACAAGCAGCUCUUGGGCAACAAAACUGUUAACAACAAUGAAUGGCAUGUGGGUAUUGCAGUACUUUGAUGGCUGUUCAGGUUUGAUAUUGGUUUUUGCUUUUUCGCAUUUUCAUUUUUUUAAACAGAUUUUAAUUAUUAUUCUUCAUGAUAGCCUCAGCAUUCCAAAGGAUGUUUACCGCAUUAUUCAGAAUAAUUAUGACCUUGUUUAUGGUUAUCCUGGGCAUCUUUUGUCACCUAGCCAGUAUGAAGAGACGAGCCCAGACUUUCAAGAGUCCACUUUUCUCCAAUAGCUGGAUGCUGUACAAUAGGUUACUUUUUGUGCUCAUAGUAAUGUAAAAUGAUACACAAUCUUUUUAGGUGAAUUUUGUAUAUUUUUUUCAAAACAUACUUUACUGCUGUUUGGCAUUACUGUAAUUAACUGAAUAAUUAGGCAUUUUGUUUGCAUACUUGCACACCUCUUAGCAGAGUCCUACAGUACAUUUCAAAUUAUGCACUUUUUCCAUUUUAAUUACUUCUGUGAUGUUCAGAUAUACAGUGACUUUACAAUUUAUAUGUUCUUGCUAGAUUAAGAUCUAACUUUUUUCAAAAAAUAUUUGAAAAUCUUGCUUAUUAUAAGUAUGAUGCUGGCUGUUUGGAUCAUUUUGAUUUCUGUAUGUUGAGCUUGAAGGGAUUUAUCAGCAGUAAAUGAUUAAAUAUUACUGUCGGUAAUUCUCUUUGAACACUGUUAAAACAUUUGUGUCGUUUUGAUAUAUAUGUAACCUUUCCUAAAACUACUGAGGGUAUCAGUUUCAGAUACUUCUAUGUCCUCAAGUGGUGUUCUGGGAUCAGGUGAAGACCUGCUGAUGUGUCCAUUUUAGUGAAGUGUAUUUUUUAACUGUUACCUCCCUCCACCCCCUUCAUCUUCACAAUUUGCCUGCAUUCAAGCUUGUUUUAAUUUACAAAGUGCCUUUUGUUGUUGCCAAAAAAUGCCUUUACAAAGCAGUUAAUGGUAUGAAAAGCUUCAUGAGCUUCGGCCUCUGUCUGUACUUGUUUUGUGCUUUGCUUUUAAUUCUAUACUAAGAAAUAUUUGAGAUUCAUUUUUUCUCUGAAAAAUACUGACAGAACUACAAUUUGUCAGCUAAAAAUUUGUGUUGCUGAUUUUGAAUCAUGAGAAAUGCCCCAAAUCUUAGUUUUCCUGUGGAUCAUACAGUAUCAUCAGCUAAUUCAAGAAUGGUGUUGUGAUUUAAGCAAGCUUAAAACUGUAUCAUGCCUUAAAGAUAAGCUGGCUGUCACACUAAGAGGAACUCCUUUCACAUGCCGAUCACAUGGAAUAAAGCACAUAGCCAAAGGCAAACCAAUCUAACUGGAUUCUCAAGGACUGAUCAUGCAAUAAAAUGGGAAGUUGAAGAGUU